AUGCCCGGCUUGACCUCUGCAUCCGGAGUGCUGGGCUUCCUCUCCGACGAGGAGCCCGAGCUCAAGGUCUUUGCCUUGCAAACCUUGAACGAUGAUAUCGACACUCUCUGGACGGAGGUGGCGGGUUCUAUAGGUCAAAUUGAGGCACUCUACGAAGAUGAGUCCUUCCCCGAACGACAACUGGCAUCUCUGGUCCUGGCAAAGGUCUACUAUCACCUGUCUGCAUACAAUGAGAGUAUGACGUUUGCUCUUGGUGCUGGUGAUCUUUUCAAGCUCGACAACGAAGGCGAAUUCGAAGAAACCAUCAUCUCGAGAUGCGUCGACACUUACAUCAGUGUAUCAGCUGCCCGUCACAUCGCGCCGAAGGAGACUGCAAAGCCCGGAUCGCUGCCUACUCUCGAGACCUCCUUUGCGAACGGCUCGGAGGAUGCCAGCGCGGCCGCAGCCCUCUCACCAACGACACCCUUCUCUCAAUCAACCCUACCUUCGAAGUCUCUCCUUUCACGACCAUCCAUCGAAAAUGUGGCAGAAGUAUCAGGCCCGGAAGGAAAAUCAACGGCGACCGUAAUUCCAGACGAUGCUACACAAGCCGCGUUACAAAGAGUCAUCGAGAGAUUGUUCGAGAGUUGUUUGCAGGAAGGCAGAUACAGACAAGUUGUUGGGAUUGCUGUGGAGGCACAGAAUCUCGAGGUUCUGCGUAGAGUGAUCAAGCGUGCAAGCGACGAUGAGAAGAAGUCAAGAGGGAAGCAGGUUGAGGCUGAAGGAACACCCGGACCCACUGAAGAGCUGAUGGAGUACGUGCUUGAUAUUUGCAUGGGCGUUGUGCAAGAGAGAAGCCUACGAACAGAGAUCUUAAGGUUGAUUCUCGAUCUGCUGAACGAAAUCCCAACGCCGGAUUACUUUUCUAUCGCCAAGUGCGUUGUGUAUCUGAAUCAGGAUGAAGAGGCUUCGACAAUGCUGAAGAAGUUGGUGGCAAACGGUGACCAAACUUCCACGGCAAUUGCAUACCAAAUAGCAUUCGAUUUGUAUGACAAUGGCACUCAGGAAUUCCUUGCCAAGGUUAUUAAAUCACUGCCAGUGAAGGUUGCGGAGGCUCUAGCAGACGAAGAAAAUCCCACCGAAAAUGACCAGCUCCUUGGUGAGCUGAACGAACGUGCUGGCGCCCCUGCUCCAGAACAAGAGAAGCUUUCUGAUAAGGAGUACGAAAUGUUCGACCGAAUACGCCAGAUUCUUGACGGCAGUGAGACGAUCAAGUUAAACCUUGAAUUCCUCUACCGAAACAACCACACCGAUCUGAGCAUUCUCAACAAGGUUCGGGACAGUCUUGAAGGGCGAAAUUCGAUAUUUCACACGGCAGUCACCUUUUGCAAUGCGUUUAUGAAUCAGGGAACAACGAAUGAUAAGUUCUUCCGUGAUAAUUUGGAAUGGCUUGGGAAGGCUGUGAAUUGGUCCAAGUUUUCUGCAACUGCUGCUCUUGGUGUCAUCCACCGUGGAAACUUGUCACAAUGUCGCAAGUUACUCGAACCUUACCUUCCUCGUAGGACUUCGUUGGGUGGCUCCAUUUUCAGCCAAGGCGGAGCUCUGUAUGCCUAUGGGUUGAUCUAUGCCAACCACGGUGCUGAAGCCCUCGAUUAUCUGAAAGACCAAUUCAAAGAGGCUCAGGAAGAAGUCAUUCAGCAUGGUGGUGCACUGGGCCUUGGUAUCGCAGGGAUGGCAACUGGGUCUGAGGAGAUUUAUGACAGCCUCAAGGGCGUCCUUUACACGGACUCCGCGCUCAACGGUGAAGCUGUUGGACUCGCGAUGGGUCUCAUUAUGUUGGGCACUGGCAACGUCAAGGCGUUGGAGGAUAUGAUCACUUAUGCUCACGAAACCCAGCACGAGAAGAUUGUCCGAGGCCUUGCUAUCGGCAUGGCAUUGAUCAUGUAUGGCCGUCAAGAAGGUGCCGAUGUACUCAUCAAAGGUCUGCUGAACGAUCCGGACCCAACUCUUCGAUAUGGAGGUAUCAUGACCGUUGCUCUGGCAUAUUGUGGUACUGGUAGCAACAAGGCUGUCCGACAGCUUCUUCACGUGGCUGUCAGCGACGUCAAUGACGAUGUCCGAAGAAUUGCAGUCAUGAGUCUGGGAUUCAUCCUUUUCCGAAAGCCUGGAAGCGUACCUCGUAUGGUUGAGCUCCUGUCGGAGUCCUACAACCCACAUGUACGAUACGGCGCGGCUAUGGCUUUGGGUAUUUCUUGCGCAGGCACUGGUUUGGAUGAAGCCAUCGAUCUUUUGGAGCCCAUGAUUAAGGAUCCUACCGACUUUGUCCGACAAGGUGCACUUAUUUCUCUUGCUAUGAUCAUGGUCCAACAGAACGAGGUGAUGAAUCCGAAGGUCGCAUCAAUCCGAAAGACGCUCAAGAAGAUUGUCGGAGAUCGCCAUGAGGAUGCGAUGACCAAGUUCGGUUGUGCUUUGGCGCUGGGUAUUAUCGAUGCCGGUGGGCGAAACUGCACUAUCGGACUUCAGACUCAAACUGGCAACCUCAACAUGGCUGGUAUCGUCGGAAUGGCCGUCUUCACUCAAUACUGGUAUUGGUUCCCUUUCACCCACUUCUUGUCCUUGAGUUUCACGCCUACAUCGAUGAUCGGGCUCGACCAUGAUCUCGAGAUUCCAAGCUUCAAGUUCCACAGUGCUACUCGGCCCAGUCUUUUCGAUUAUCCUCCAGAGCAGGAGGUGAAAACUGAUGAAGCUCCUACGCUUAUUGCAACCGCUGUUCUCUCGACUACUGCUCAAGCCAAACGAAGAGCUCAGAAGAAGGAACGUGCCCAACGACGUGAGAGUAUGGACAUUGAUCAGGCUCCAACGACACCAAAGAUCACUGCGCCAGCAGCUGAUAAGAUGGAUGUUGAUGAGGAGAACAAGGACAAGGACGCUAAGUCUGACGAAAAGAAGGAUGAGGCUGACAAGGAAAAUGCUUCGCCUGCUGAAAUCGCCAAGAAGAAGCUCGAGAAGGAGAAGGUUGGUUAUGAUAUUGAGAACAUGUCCCGAGUUGUGCCGGCUCAGCUCAAGUUCAUCAGUUUCCCAGCUGGCCGUUAUAAGCCAGUCAAGAAGCCAACCGGCGGCGUGAUUCUGCUCGUUGACACCCAACCUGGGGAAGAAAAGAUCUUGAUUGAGGAGAAGCUGAAGAAGGCAUCGAUUGAAAAGGCGGCCGCACCCACAACUCUCGAAGAUAUGCGUAACGAGUCUUUCAACUUGCGUCGUCAAGCAGAAGGCGAGACGUCUGGAGCGGGAGCCGCGGCUGCCGCUGGUGUGUUGACGGCCGUUGACGAGGAUGAGGAAAGUGGAGAGGAAGCGGAGUGCCCACGGGGCUUUGAUUACUUCUCGGAUGGCGAGGAGGAGUCUUAG